AAAUCCAAAGAUAGAAUGGAAGAUUACAAUUUUGCUAUGAAAAGGAUGACGAGGAAUCCUUAUGAGUAUCACCACGAUCUGGGUAUGAAUUACACACUUAUAAUUGACAAUCACAUUGUGGGAUCCCAACCACAGAAACCUGAAGACAUCGAUCACCUCAAGAAGGAAGAGGGUGUGACAUACAUUCUGAAUUUGCAGCAAGAUAAGGAUGUAGAAUAUUGGGGAAUAGACUUGAAGUCGAUAACAAGGAGGUGCCACGAACUCGAUGUUCGACAUAUGAGGAGGCCGGCAAUAGACUUUGAUCCAAACUCCUUGCAAAAUAUUCUACCUAAAGCAUCUUAUCAUUGGAAUGGGCAAUCUCAUAGGGAAAAGAAAGAGUUUACGUGCAUUGUACUGCUGGACUUGGGAGAGCACCAGGGGUGACAAUAGCGUAU